AAAAUUAGUAUUGGUAAACUUGUUUCUGUCUUAGAAGCCUACUUUAUUCUCUGCACUCAUGGGACAGCAGAUUAAUCAUUCAAUUAUCUUCUCUGGAAACCUCCUAUCGGCCUCCAUUAACUUAAAGAGGAGGACCUAGUAUAAAGACUAGAACUUCCCACUAGACCUUAGAUCUCUCUAGGCUUCCAAAUGUAUCAUCGAUAAGGAAUGUAUUGCCCUGGACAACUCCUCCCUCAUAAAACCCACCUUGUUGGUAAAACUAAAUGAGAAUUUAAUUAUUAACCACAAUCCUAAACAUAAAUGCAUAUCUUUGGAGACAUUUGGUAUCUGUUUAGUAUCAUUAUUUCAAUAAAAUAUGUAAGCAGCCUUUUAUCAGGUCUCCUAUGCUGCAUCUGGGAAAGAGCAUAUAAAACUUAAGUGGUUCUUAAUAGCUGUACAAAAGUAAGGUGAAAAUAUGUUUAUAAUUAUCACUGUCCCAUCUGUUCUCUACUUGUGCCAGGCUGGUCUCGGAAGGGUUGUUAAAAAUGUAGCUACUUCUCUAAAAUGGCUUUCCAUUUUCUGCCUCUCUGGCUAUCCUUCCACUCUGUGUUGAAGUUCUGAGUCUUCACUAAUUCCUGGCAAUUUUAUUUCUUCGUUUAUAUUCUUAUAUUUACAGGUGAAUUUGUGCCCCCCCUCCCCUCCGACAUAUCAAUUGGAUGCAGUGCUUUUCAUGAUGACUACUAGCAGAGAAAAUCCCUCUUCCAGCAGCUAUUUAGAGGAAAGUGAUUGAAGGAGAACUUGGAUGGCAACUGCAUGAUUGAAACUGUCCAAAGUCAAGUGUCUCUUCUUUCAACUAAAGUUAGCGUAUCCAGGCUAUAAAGUGUGAUUGAAUCGAACAUCUAUUUGGCUGAUCCUCAUCAUGAACCGUGCUUUUAGCAGAAAGAAAGACAAAACAUGGAUGCAUACGCCUGAAGCUUUAUCAAAACAUUAUAUUCCCUAUAAUGCAAAGUUUCUUGGCAGUACAGAAGUGGAGCAGCCCAAAGGAACAGAAGUUGUCAGAGAUGCUGUAAGAAAACUAAAGUUUGCAAGACACAUCAAGAAGUCUGAAGGCCAGAAAAUUCCUAAAGUUGAGUUGCAAAUAUCAAUUUAUGGAGUAAAAAUUCUAGAACCCAAAACAAAGGAAGUCCAACACAAUUGCCAGCUUCAUAGAAUAUCAUUUUGUGCAGAUGAUAAAACCGACAAGAGGAUAUUCACUUUCAUAUGCAAAGAUUCUGAGUCAAAUAAACAUUUGUGCUAUGUAUUUGACAGUGAAAAGUGUGCUGAAGAGAUAACUUUAACAAUUGGCCAAGCAUUCAACCUGGCAUACAGGAAAUUUCUAGAAUCUGGAGGAAAAGAUGUUGAAACAAGAAAACAGAUUGCAGGGUUACAGAAAAGAAUUCAAGACUUAGAGACAGAAAAUAUGGAACUUAAAAACAAAGUACAAGAUUUGGAAAACCAGUUAAGAAUAACCCAGGUAUCAACAUCUCCACAGUUGCCCUGGAUAAGCACUACGGCAACAGAGAAGAAGGCAGGCAGUGUGUCACCUAAGUCACCCUCCACUGACAUCUUUGAUAUGAUUCCAUUUUCUCCAACAUCACACCAGUCUUCAGUACCUACUCCCAACGGCACACAGCCACCUCCAGUACCUAGCAGAUCUACCGAAAUUAAACGGGACUUGUUUGGAGCAGAACCUUUUGACCCGUUUAAUUGUGGAGCAGGGGAUUUCCCUCCAGAUAUUCAAUCAAAAUUAGAUGAAAUGCAGGAGGGGUUCAAAAUGGGACUAACUCUUGAAGGCACAGUAUUUUGUCUCGACCCAUUAGAUAGCAGGUGCUGAUGUCAAGAAAAGAAUUCCUGAUUCAUGUUAAAUUUAUUUUUAUCUACAUACCUAUAUCAUUCGCUAUUACUUUAUGACAGGUCUUAUACAUGUGCCAAUAUAUUUUUUAAUAUCUUCACUUUCUGAAAAUUAUUCCAGUAAAAUUUUCUUAUACAUUCACUGUUGGUCUGUAACAUUUUAUUUUAAAAGCAACUCACUGUAUUCUUUUAUGUUCAUUUCUGUUGUAGAAGAAUUUUUAAUCAAAAGACAAAUUAUCCAAAUAUCUAUCUUGUGUUUGAGUUCUAAAUAGUUAGCAUCUUGAAAUUUGUGUUCAUACUCCAGGCUGCUAGUUUAUUAUUGAUUUCCCAAAAGCCAUACCUUAAUGAUACCUUUUAAAGUCCUACAAAGAUAUACCAAUGCCAAACUGAAUACUGUAUUCAAACUAAUAAACAUGUUACCAUUCAUUAGACAAAUGUCAUUUUAUGUAUGAAGUGUUGUUUCAUAUCAUUGAAAAAAUGUAAACUUUGAAUAUAAUGCCACCAGGUGAUUUUUAGUAGAAGUAACAAAAAUAUAAAUUCUUAUAAUAAACCAAAUGUAUUUAGAGUAUUAGUAAAUGCAAGGUAAUAAAGUUAGUCAUUAUCAUCAGUUAUACUCUAAAUAUUUUAUUUAUUUCAUAAAUAUUGUGGAAAAAAUUAAAAUUUGCUAUUUACAAAACACAUAAAAUUUAAUUUCUAAUGAGAUAAGUUACAUUACUAAACAUAUAAAUAUCAUUUGAUCUCAUGUUUCCUGAAAAAGCUUUUGGAAUGUAUGCUGUCUAUAGUUGGAGUGUCUGUUACUCAUAUUUACUUUACCAAAUAUAUUUUUUUGUCUCAAAAUAUUGUGAUGUCCCAUUAGUUUUGAUACUGUAAAACCUAUGGCAACUAUUCUUCAUCAAUAUUCAUCACUAUCAUCAAUAUCAAUUCAUUCAUCAAUAUCAUCAAUAUUAUUUAGCAAAUUUAAUUUUUUGUUGUUAAAGUUAGAAUCUCAUUUUUUCACAAAAAUCAAGUUGCUGCUCAGUUUAGUCUUUAACAUGAAUAAUAUUUUUCGCUCAGUGCAACAAAAAUUUAUGGUCAAAACUUAUAAUUUGGUUCAUCACAAUGUAAGAAAAAUAAAUUAAUGAGGUUAGAUUGCGGGUACAUCUCAAAAUCAGAUUUUUCUUUUCUUUUACUCUUGGAAAUUUUCUUCAAAUGCUAAAGGUACAUUUUCACUAGGAAAAGAAACCAAAUAGCUUAUGCAAUAGUAUACUUGUAUGUAUCUCCAUAAUGUUCUAUGAUAUAUAUAUAUAAACUUUCUUGUUUGUUUUCUGGUAUCUGUUAAGUUGUCCUUAAUUAGAGGUAGUAUAUGUUUCAUAAAGAAAUGUGUUUAUAAUUUUGUUUGUCAUAUAGUAUUUUGGAAUUUGUAUAAUGAGGACGUUUAGAAGCCAUAUCGAUGGCUUUUUUUUAACAGAUAGAAUUUGUAUUUUUAUUGUACUUUAAAAAGCUUUAUGUAAUAGUUAUAUAUUUAGUGGCCAUUUAUUAUCAAUGGUAACACAAUAGAAUACUUAAGAUGAUAUUUGCACAUUUAAGAUACAUUACUUUACCAAUUUUUAAUGGUAAUCAGGUAAUCGAUUCUGCUACUGGCAUGAUUAAACAGUCCAUAAUUGGUCAUUAAUUAUGAAAAUUUGUUUCACCAGUGUGUUUUUAUGAAGAUCCAGUGGAAAAUUGUAUUUCUAUGUAAACUCAAUGAUAUGUUUGAUUUUGCUGAGAAUAAAUGAUUUUAAUUAAAUUAAACUGUA